CUUUGGUCACCUUUGCGGAAAAUAGCUAAUUUGAUAGCCUGGACUAUGGAACCUUGGAAAUGCUGAUCUUAAUCAAGUGGUAAAUCACAAAUCCAAACGAAUUGUUUUCUUGUUUGUCAACCAUGUGGACCUGUCAUUUUAAAGAGCUUAAGCCAAUGGAAAGUUUAACCAUCUUCUUGGAUUAUCUGGUUAAACUGAUAAAAACUUGUUUUGUGCUGACAUUUAAAAUCCAAAUUUCCACCGCAUUUGAUCCGAUAUCGUUUACAGCAAUCAAAGGAAGCCGCUAUGACAAUUAUAUCUCAUUAUCAACAAUGGUUGUCAACAAUAGGGCAACCUUCAACAAUCUUUAUGGAGCUUUCAAGUGCACAGUACCCGGAAUUUAUUUUUUUUCAUUUACCGCUCUUGGUCAACCAAAUAAGGAGCUUCGAUUAUCUCUCCGUGUCUCCAAAUUUCCGGUGAUUACAGUUUAUAGUAAUGGCCCAGCAUCUAACACUGUUUCAGGAUCUACAUUAUUGCAUUUAUCAGAGGGAGAUUUGGUUUAUUUGUUCAUCGAAAAGGGUGAUAUCACUGAAUCUAAUCAACUUGAUCAUGCAUAUACAUCUUUCUCGGGCUAUCAAUUGUCUGAUAAAGCUCCUACUGGUUUCCUCUCUGGAAUUGUUGGAAGACAAUCAAUGGCAUCAGCUUCAGAUGAUCGCACAGAGAGCUCAGAGUCGACCGAUGUGAAUAGUAAAGUGCAAUUCAAACCUGAUCACAAGGAUCAUAUCUUUGAACUAAUGGAGGCAUCUGAUGAUUCUGAUGAUUGAAUAUCAAUCAGUCUUUUCAAUGCCUAAUUCCGACUUCAUGAAUUGGAGUAUCUAUAAAUAUUCACCACAUUUGCCAUUUUUGACAUUAAAUUUUAUGGAAAAUUUUAGCUUCACAUUGCUAACAAAUACGGGUGGUUCUUGAUACAAUCGUAUCGAUUUGAUUAAAAUUAUGUAAAAUAUUAUGACAAACUAUCUGUAUGAUGAAACAAAAUAAUUGUCUGAAUUAUGUCUAUUUAUUUUACUAAAUCAAAACUCAUUUUAAAAAAGCCAAACGCAGAAUGAAAUAAAGUCCAACGUUAAUAACACGAAUUUCAA